GAUACCCUAUCCAGGCUGGGUGUCCCCAGCAUCUUGGGAACUAGAUUUGUGUGAGCUGGGGUGAUUCCCAAGCCAGGAAGUUCCUUCCGGCAGGCCUGUGGUGCCCUCGUCUUGCAUCAGGACCCCCCUCGGAUGCUCUAAGCCACCCUCCUCAACCCGGAUCUAAAACCCGGGACACAGCUAUCAGGCCAGCCUCUCUCUCUCUCCACCCCACCCCCUCUUUCUGGCGUCCAUCCCCUCCCCAACACCACCUCUGCUGCUGCCUCUGGCUGUGGACCUGCACCUCUUCCUCGUCCCUGCCAGGCCCGGGGAGCGGGGUGAGCCUGGAUGAGAGCCCCUCAACCUGGGGCUCUCCCAGGCCAUGGCCCCUGUGCUCCCAGGGAGGAGCCCCGGACCCUGAGCAUCUGCUAGAGGCUUGGCUGAGGCCCCGCGGGGACCGAGUCUUCUGAGGACAAAAGGCGGCGGCCAGCAGGCAGACGGUUGGGGGGGGGGGGACCGGCAGCCAGGCAGGCAGGCGGGUAGCAGGGGCCAGCGCUGGCCCCCCCUCCCAGUUUGGCUGUGGCAUGAAGAUGGGGGUGGGAGUGUGUAGUGGGGGAAGCACCUGCCGGGACCCCCACCUGCCAGCUUGUUGGGCGCCCCAUGGCUGUAUGCCGCCCACCUGGUGUUCCCCAACACCCCCAGCCCUGCCCAGUGCACCCCUCCGGUGCCUUCUUCCCCUAAUUCCUGCGAUUUAGACCAGCCCAGCUGUAUCCACGGCAACAGAAGCAGAAGUGUCACUGGCUGCCAGAUCACUGAGGGUCCCACAAUGUGGCCUGGGCUGUGAUUUAUCCUGGGUGAGACAGCUUGAGCCUCCUUCCUGGAUUCCAAGACAGACCUGCUGAGAGAGCCCAGGUGCAGCCCAGCAGGACAACUGAUGGAGUCCCCCAGGGCCCAUCAAGUACUGGACUGGCUGACCCCCUAGGGUUGGGAGUAGCCCUUGCCCCUCAGUAUGGCCAACACCACCGGAGAGCCCGAGGAGGUGAGCGGCGCACUGUCCCCACCGUCAGCAUCAGCUUACGUGAAGCUGGUGCUGCUGGGACUGAUCAUGUGCGUGAGCCUGGCGGGCAACGCCAUCUUGUCCCUGCUGGUGCUCAAGGAGCGUGCCCUGCACAAGGCUCCUUACUACUUUCUGCUGGACCUGUGCCUAGCUGAUGGCAUACGCUCUGCCGUCUGCUUCCCUUUUGUGCUGGCUUCUGUGCGCCACGGCUCCUCAUGGACCUUCAGUGCACUCAGCUGUAAGAUUGUGGCCUUUAUGGCCGUGCUCUUUUGCUUCCAUGCGGCCUUCAUGCUGUUCUGCAUCAGCGUUACCCGCUACAUGGCUAUUGCCCACCACCGCUUCUACGCCAAGCGCAUGACACUCUGGACAUGCGCAGCUGUCAUCUGCAUGGCAUGGACCCUGUCUGUGGCCAUGGCCUUCCCACCCGUCUUCGACGUGGGCACCUACAAGUUUAUCCGGGAGGAGGACCAAUGCAUCUUUGAGCAUCGAUACUUCAAGGCCAAUGACACACUGGGCUUCAUGCUUAUGUUGGCUGUGCUCAUGGCAGCCACACAUGCUGUCUAUGGCAAGCUGCUCCUCUUUGAGUAUCGUCACCGCAAGAUGAAGCCAGUGCAGAUGGUGCCAGCCAUCAGCCAGAACUGGACAUUCCAUGGCCCUGGGGCCACAGGCCAAGCUGCUGCCAACUGGAUCGCCGGCUUUGGCCGUGGGCCUAUGCCACCAACCCUGCUGGGUAUCCGGCAGAAUGGGCAUGCGGCCAGCCGGCGCCUGCUGGGCAUGGACGAGGUCAAGGGUGAAAAGCAGCUGGGUCGCAUGUUCUACGCGAUCACACUGCUCUUCCUGCUCCUCUGGUCACCCUACAUCGUGGCCUGCUACUGGCGAGUGUUUGUGAAAGCCUGUGCUGUGCCCCACCGCUACCUGGCCACCGCUGUUUGGAUGAGCUUCGCCCAGGCUGCUGUCAACCCAAUCGUCUGCUUCCUGCUCAACAAGGACCUCAAGAAGUGCCUGAGGACUCAUGCCCCCUGCUGGGGCACAGGAGGUGCCCCGGCUCCCAGAGAACCCUACUGUGUCAUGUGAAGCAGGCGGGUAGGCAGACAGGCAGGGAAAAGGUCAUGGCCACCAUGGUGGGGCCAACAGCAAGGGAGGGGUGGGGCCCCAUAAAGGAGCCUUCUUUUCUGAGCUCCAGCCCCAGCCCCUCGAACCACCCAUAAACCAGGCACCUUUGCCAACACCACCCCACGGUGGGGGACUGGGAAAGAGGCAUUCUAGUUUUGUGGGGCCUGUCUCCGCAGCCUCCUUCUCCACUUCUACAAUCUCUCUCCCUCUCUCCCUCUCUCUCCCUCUCUCUCUCUCUCCUCUCUCUCUCUCUCUCUCUCUCUCUCUCUCUCUCUCUCUCUUUCUCUUUCUCUCUCUCUCUCUCUCUCUCUCUCUCUCUCAACAAUUCAGAAAAAGAAAACAAAACUGAAAAUGCAGGUUUUUCUACUGACAGAUAAGGAGGCAGGCUUUCUUGCUUUAAUGUCUCUCCUUCUGACAUUGUCCAGAAGGGGAAAAUUUGUCCUGUAAAAUAGAAUUCCAGAGCUCUUAUUGCCCCUUCUGCUCCCAGGCACCCUCCCCUUCCAAGUCCUUUAGCAAGGCCUGGAUGUUUAGGGAGAAACUUAUCCAAGGCUGCCAACGAGAGGGACCAAAAGGGGUGCUGGGUCUCCAGGGAGCAAGGAUGUUUAUUGCUAUGUUGUGUGCAAUGUCGUUUUUGACUAAUGGUGGUCCCAAGCCCAGUCUUCUCUCCCUCCCCACCAUGUCCAGACCUCUCUAGUGCUUCUUGAUAAUCUAUUUGAGAAGCCAAGAGGGUAGAGAAAAGGGUCCCCAGGAUGGGCCCAAGCUAGGUAAAGAGUAGGAUGUGAACCAAACUCCCUGAGCUGAAGAGAUUGAGUCUCGCCUCAUUCUUCUCUCACACUAUCUCCUGGAUCCCUAGCCCAAUAACUCUUCUUCCUGAGGAUGGAAACCCACUCCAGCCCUGCUAGGGCUGUAGGUGUCAUGCAGGCAGGAGUAGCCCCUCAGAUGUGUAGGGAAGAAACUGAACUCCCCAGAAUAGCUUGGGCCCCAGAGCCUGAGGUCAGAGCUGAAUUCAACCCCAGAAUCUUCUCCCAGGUUCACAAUACUCUUCUGAAGAUGAGAAUUCUUUUGGGGCCUUGGUAACUGAUAGUGGUACAAACCCCAAGACACUGUGGACUUGAGUCCAUUCCUAUUUGACCUCUUUUUGUCCCCCUCAAGCCUCAGGGGCCACAAGCCCCUCCUUGGUAGCCCUUGGCCUUCUGGGUCAGCCCCAAACAUCCUUCCUCACAACAAUCUUUCAAUCCCUUCCUUCCUCUACCCUUGCCUACACCCAAAGUGGAGCAGACUGCAACUAGAUUACUUAUGUGGGAGGUCCCAAGCCUGCCUCCCAGGGACAGAGUCCACUCUGGGCUUACUUCAAGUCCAGUUCUGUGGAUUGGUGAGCCAAGUUGGCACUCCUUUGCCUGGCCUUUCCCAGGUUCUCUGUUCCCCUAUUAUUUCCUGCAGGGGCAGGGAUCUAUCUGCAUUUAUCCACCCCCCUUUACCUUUCUUAUAGAAGCCCCUAUCCUAAGCUCCCUCCCUACCCCAAGACAGCCCCUGAACUGGGAAAGCCUUGACCCAAAAGAAAUGAGGAGGGCACUCUAGGCAGGAGAGACAUUAAUGAGCCUGGCUGUGGAGUGGCCAUGGAAAGGCAGGCCAGAGUGGCUGAGAGGCUGGGAGUGGGGGGUACCUGUUCUCUCAGUGAUA